UGGUCUGCACGCCCUCACUGCUCACAGGGAAGUCCUGUGUGGACUCUGCAGACGGCGAAGUUCUUCCCUUGGGGUAUUUGUGGGCUUGGAGGACUUAGAUUCUGGCUUGACAGCUUUUAAGUUUUCUGGUUCUAAAUUGUGUUGUGAAAUGCAGACUAUUUUAAACCAGCACACACAGAAAUAAUCUUGUUUUUACAUAAAGGGAAUGGUAUACUGCUCGCACUCUGGAGCUUCUCUGCACGUGUGAGGUGCUGUAUUUCAGUGACUCGGGAUGCAGGGUCAGGAACAAGAUUGUCUGGAUCCUGGUGACUUACUACUUCAUCAGCUGUGACCCACAGUUUCUUAAUUCAUUGGAUCAAACUUUCUUUAUUCAUAAUAGAUAACAGUAGCACUUUUUUUUCUUUUGAUUUUUCGAGACAGGAUUUCUAUGUAGCUUUGGAGCCUGUCCUGGAACUCACUCUGUAGACCAGGCUGACCUCAAACUCACAAAGAUCUGUCCUCCUUUGCCUCCCAAGUGCUGGGAUUGAAGGUGUGUAUCACCACUGCCUGGGAAUAGUAGCACGUUUUAAAAACAGCUAUUGAAAAGAUUAAUUAAAAAUGAGAAGGCUGGGCCACUUGAGACACUGUCUUAAAGGAAACAAAACACCAUCCAUCCGUCCCAAAUGUUAAAAACAAAUGCUUAUCAGAGCCAGGUGAUAUGGUUUACAUUCUAAUUCCAAAACUCCAGUGGUCGAGGCAGGACAGCCUUACCUAUGUAACAAGUCUGAGGCUAGCCUGGGCUUUGUAAGACACUAUUUUAACACCAUCUCCCAUCUCUACUCCCUCCCCCCAAACACAGAAGAACGAAGCAAAACGUAUAUAUAGCAAAUACCAAGCAGUUUGUGUUUGUUGUUAUAACUAUGAUGAAGUAUCUCUUGGAGAUCCUAAAAUAUUUAGCUAGGAGGUGUACACGGAAUAAAAACUGACUUCGGUUAAACUCAAAACUUAUUCUUUUUUUUUUUUUUUUUUUUGGUUUUUCGAGACAGGGUUUAUUUAUUAUGUAUACAAUAUUCUGUCUGUGUGUAUGUCUGCAGGCCAGAAGAGGGCACCAGACCUCAUUAUAGAUGGUUGUGAGCCACCAUGUGGUGGCCAGGAAUUGAACUCAGGACCUUUGGAAGAGCAGGCAAUGCUCUUAACCACUGAGCCAUCUCUCCAGCCCCCUCAAAACUUAUUCUAGACAGUGGUGGUGCACGCUUUUAACUCCAGCACUUGGGAGGGGAGGCAGAGGCGGCAGAUCUCUGAGGUCAAGGCCAGCCUGGUCUACAGAGCAAGUUCUAGGACAGCCAGGACUGUUACACAGAGAAACCUGAGUUUCUUUUGUUUCUUUUUUAUUUAUUUUUUUAUUAACUGGUCAGUUUUAUUCCCAGAGGCGUGGAAGGCGUGUGCACACACCCACACCCACCCUCAAUGAGUACUGUAAAGCAUUCCCAGUGUCACUCUGGCACUCCAUGCUCUGGAAAAUAAAAAUAAGUGUUUAUGUGGCAGACUGUAAAGUCCCCUACAGGAUUCCUUUUUUUUGUUUUGUUUAAUCUUUUUUUUUUUAAUUGACCUCUACAUUUUUCUCUGCUCCUCUUUCUGCCUCUCCCCUCCUCUUCAACCCUUCCCCAAGGUCCCCAUGCUCCCAGUUUACUCAGGAGAUCUUGUCUUUUUCUACUUUCCAUGUAGAUUAGAUCUAUGUAUGUCUCUCUUAGUGUCCUUAUUGUUGUCUAAGUUCUCUGGGAUUGUGAGUUGUAGGCUGAUUUUCUUUGCUUUAUGUUUAAAAACCACUUAUGAGUGAGUACAUGUGAUAAUUGUCUUUCUGGGUCUUGGUUACCUCACUCAAAAUGAUGUUUUCUAGCUCCAUCUAUUUGCGUGUAAAUUUCAAGCUGUAGUUAUUUUUUUCUGCUGUGUAGUACUCCAUUGUGUAAAUGUAUGGCAUUUUCCUUAUCCAUUCUUCAGUCGAGGGGCAUUCAGGUUGGUUCCAGGUUCUGGCUAUGACAAACAAAGCGGCUGUGAACAUAGUUGAGCACAUGUCCUUGUGGCACGAUUGAGCAUCCUUUGGAUAUAUACCCAAAAGUGGUAUUACUGGGUCUUGAGGAAGGCUGGAGAAACCCUGUUUUAAAAAACUAAAACCAGCUGAGCGGUGGUGGCACACGCCUUUAAUCCCAGCACUUGGGAGGCAGAGGCAGGCAGAUCUCUGUGAGUUCGAGACCAGCCUGGUCUACAAGAGCUAGUUCCAGGACAGGCUCCAACACCACAGAGAAACCCUGUCUCGAAAAACAAACAAACAAAAAACCUAAAGCCAUAACAAAAAAUCAAAGCUUAUUCUAAAUUGACUGUUUUACUCUUCUUAGCUUCUCCUUAGAUAUUGUCUAAGUAGAUACUGUGUAAUCGUACUGGGAAAAGCUUUCUAUGGCAGCUUUUAUGAGUACAUGUGAAAAUUUUACUUGUAUUCAUUGUUGUCUUUGAACUGAUUUUUCUGUCUUUUCUUCUCCUCUUUUUUUUUUUUUCUUCUUCUUUAAGACAGGAUUUCUCUGUGUAGCCCUGGCUGGUCCUGAUACUCUGUAGAUCAGGCUCCAGAGUGCUGGGAUUAAAGGCUUGUGACCACCACCUGGAUUGAUUUUGUUUUUUUCCUCUUUCAAUACUUUUUUCUUGGAGGCUGGGUCUCAUUGUCGUGCAGUAUGACCUGACUGCUGGCUCCACAGUGACGGGCCACCGCCUGGCUUUGGGUUGUUGUAAAUAGCCCAUGCUUGUCGACUAGGUGGGUUGUGGGAGAGAAGAUUGAAACUCAGCUCUGAAGAGCCUCCUGUCGCCAGUGUGGGAACAGGAGUGGCAGGUAUUGUCUGGUAGUCGCUGGCUCACCCAAGGCCCCAGGGGUACAUCCUAGCAUCAGAGCAGACUUUCUUGUGCACGUGUUUAUCUCAUCCAGGUCAGGCAUGCUGGUGAACUGAGGGCCUUUUCCCCAGGACGCCACUGAGUCUUGAUAUUUAAUACCCUGCGUAUUGUUGGAAGAGACAAAUAAACACUAGGACUCCUUGAACAGAAGAAAGGAAAAGCCAGGUGCCCCUAACCACCGAAGAACCAAACUGUGUUUGGGGAUUACCUGACUAGUGGUCUGUUUUUGUUUUAAUCUUCAGGAAUCAUCACCAGGACCUUAUGAAAGGCAUCCCAGUAGGUGCAGCUUCUGUGUAGUACUCCAAAUGCUUUGGACCAUGGCCACAGAAAAAAAGAUGCAAUGCGUGACCUAUCUGCAAAUAAAGAAAAUAUAAACACCAAUCUGAAGACACUGGAGUGGGAGGCACCUAGGACCCCGAGGUUUCGAAAACUGCCUGGAGAGCCCCUGGCUUCUCCCCUUCCUGUGCUGGAAAAUAGAAUCAUGGUGGAAAAUGAAAUGAGGUAUCUGGGCAGUCCCAUUACUACAGUUCCAAAACGGAGUCAAAAUCUAAAGUUAGAAGACCAAGAAGGGAUUUCAGAAGAGCCAAUGGAGUUUUCCCUGGAAGACCAAGGCACCAAGAGCUUAAGUCUAAAGAAGAUGGCCCCUCUCUGUGACAUCAAUGCCAUUCAGAUGGAAGAGGAAGAGUCUGAACAAGGGUAUCUGAUUGGUGAUUUCUCCAAGGUGUGUGUGCUGCCAACGGUGUCAGGAAAACACCAAGAUCUGAAGUACGUCACCCCGGACACAGUAGCUGACUUACUGUCUGGAAAGUUCCAGGAUCUGGUUGAGAAGUUUUAUAUCAUCGAUUGCCGCUAUCCGUAUGAGUACCUGGGAGGACACAUCCUGGGAGCCUUAAACCUGUGCAGUCAGAAGGAACUGCAUGAGUUCUUCCUGAAGAAGCCUAUUGUCCCUCUGGAUGGCCAAAAAAGAAUCAUCAUUGUGUUCCUCUGUGAAUUCUCCUCAGAGCGAGGCCCCCGAAUGUGCCGUUCUCUGAGAGAAAAAGACAGAGCUCUGAACCAGUACCCGGCAUUAUACUACCCAGAGCUGUAUAUCCUCAAAGGGGGCUACAGAGACUUCUUUCCAGAAUAUAUGGAGCUGUGUGAACCACAGAGCUACUGUCCUAUGCACCACCAGGACCACCAGGCUGAGCUGCUCAGAUGGCGAAGCCAGAGCAAAGCGCAGGAAGGGGAGCGGCAGCUUUGGGAGCAGAUUGCCGUCCUGGUGAAGGAUGUGAGGCCAUGAUAGUGGGUAUGACAGUGGCCGUGAAGUCGCCGGAAGACAAUGGAGAUGCCAAACAGAAAGAGUCAUCUAUGCCGCUAACCCUAUGAUUGUUAAGCUGCAAACAUUGGGGAUAGUCAGGCACGGUGCAACACCUUUAGUCCCAGCACUCAGGAGGUAGAGGCAGGAGGAUCUCUGUGAGUUUGAGGCCAACCAGGGCUACACAUGACCCUAUCUCAAAAACAAAUAAAAAGCAAACAAAGCAAAACCCAUCAGACAAAAGCCUCCAGGUGUCUACAAGCCAACGGGCUGUCAUUCUGACGGACUGCUAGGCCUAAGAACCCACUCGGUGUCAGUGAGCUGCUGCCCGGGGGCUGAAUGGUGAACAGAGGUGUUCACCCUGCUUCAGGGAGU